GAUCCGUCCUUUGCCAUCUCCUUCCGCGCGAACUACAUGCUACAGGGACACCAAGAUGGAAAUUCAGGGGCCGACGGGGCAGCGGCAGCAAGAUGGCGGCUCCGGGCUCCCUGAGGGAGAAGCGCCGUCCGAGGCCGCUGAGGAGGACGAGGAAGGGUCUGGCCUUCAGAAAGAAGAUGUCGGUGUACAUCCCAUCUACAUGGUGGUCAACCUGGCCUCCGUGGCCCCUGGCAGCUCUCAGGCCCCGGGACCAGCGCCUCCUCCUCAGCCCCCGAGGCCCAGCCCGUCCUCGGAGUUGGCUCUCCCCAGCUACGUGACGGUGCGGCUGGAGAACGGGCUGCUGACCCUGGGUGGCAGGGAAGGGCCGGACAGCGGGGAUAGGCCUCCGCCACGGGCUGGGAGUAACAGUGCGCCGGCCACCCCGCAGCAGAGCUGGGCGUCAGAGCUGUCCCCACAGGGGGAGGCUGGCAGCAGCUCCGGGGCUCCGCACGGCUUCUCCGAGGGCCUGGAGGACGUGGACAUGGUGCUGAGGGACCCUGUGGACGAGCAGGUGGCCGGCUUCCUGGUGGGGGACAUUGGGGAGCUGCAGGUGAACCUGGGGGAGGCGCUAGACCUGGCCAGGAAGGGGGUCCUGCUGGUGUUCCGCUGCCCAGAGCCCGGCUGCGCCAAAGCCUUUGACCGCAAACAGCAGCUGAAGGUCCAUUUACUGAGCCACACCGAGGAGCAGCGCCCCUACAAGUGCCACGUAGAGAACUGCGUCUGGUCCUUCACCACCCUCUACAAGCUGAAGCGCCAUAUGCAGUCACAUGACAAGCAGCGCCCCUUCUCCUGUGACGCCCCAGGCUGCGGGAAGAGCUUCACCACCGUCUACAACCUCAAGGCCCAUUUAAAGGCCCACGAGCAGGAGAACCUGUUCCGCUGUGAUGCCUGCGGGGAGGCCUUCCCCACCGCCACCAAACUCAGUGCCCAUAGGAGGACGCAUUAUGAGCCAGAGAGGCCGUACAAGUGCGAAUUUAAUGGUACGUGGCUGGAACGUCACCUACAGGAUGAAUUCCAUGUGGAUUAUAAUGGUUGCGACAAGACUUUUAUUACAGUGACUGCAUUAUUCUCCCAUCACAGAGCGCAUGUACGUGAGCAGGAACAGUUUAUUUGCUCUUUCCCCAGCUGUAAUAAGCAAUACGAUAAGGCAUGCAGGCUGAAAAUACAUCUGCGCAGUCAUACAGGUGAAAGACCUUUUAUUUGUGACUUUGAAAGCUGCGGCUCAUCCUUCACAAGCAUGUCCAAGCUCUUGAGACAUAAAAGGAAACAUGAGGAUGACAGACGUUACCCGUGUCCAGUAGAAGGCUGUGGAAAAUCGUUUACACGAGCCGAGCAUUUAAAAGGUCAUAAAAUUACCCAUCUGGGUACCAAACCCUUUGAGUGCCCUGUAGAGGGCUGUGGAGCCAAGUUCUCUGCCCGAAGCAGCCUGUAUAUCCACUCCAAAAAGCACCUUCAAGAUGUGGACUCCUCCAAGACGCGUUGUUCAGUGUCCAGCUGUAGCAAGAUAUUUACUUCCAAGCAGAGCCUGAAAGCUCACAUGGUUAAACAGCAUGGCCACGAUCUUGAAGCUUCAAGUUCUCUCACUCCCAGUAGUGAACUGACCAGCUCAGGACAGAGUGACCUAAGUAACCUGGACCUCUCCUCUCUAUUCACCAAUGUCUCCUCGAAUGGGUCUGGAAUCUCUGCUGACCUUACCUUGGUUAACUCUGGAAUACUGACCAUCGAUGUGUCUUCUGUAAGAUCUACAUUAGGAGGCAACCUGUCAGCCAACAAUAACUCUCUAGUACAUCCUGUUGACCCCUUGGUAUUGGUGUCCAACAAUGAUAACAACAAUGGCCUGGAGAGCUCCCUUCUGCUAGGAGCAGCAGCAUCCAUUCUUCAGCAGGGAAGCCUUCAGCUGGAUGAUGUACAGACAGUUAAUGCAGAGGCCCUGGGCUCCUUGGCAUCUUUAUCAAUGAGAGGGUCCAACCAGGAUAUUCAUGAUCUUACGUCCACAAACAACCUUACUAUUGAUUCCACAACUUUAACACCUUCCGUUACACUGGGGACAAGCAGCUCCAUUUCUGAAUUGUCGACGCAGACCAAAGCUGACAGAAGCCUGUUGCCAGCUUCAGAGGUUGUGAGCCAGCAGGAAGGGAGUAAAGUGGUGACACAGUUUGUCUUCCCACAAACUGGUAACUACAGCUCACAGAAGGACAUAGACUUUAGCCCCGUAGCUGGAAACUCCAUUUUGGAGAGUGGGGGCUCAGCAAGGACAGACUACAGAGCUAUUCAGCUGGCCAAGAGCAAGAAGAAGGGGAGUGCAAGCAGCUCAGGGACUUCACCUCCACAGAGGAAAAGUAAAGGUACAAAACAAAACCAAGCUGUAUCUCCUGCUGGCAAUCGUUUUGGUAACAGUGUUUUGUCAAAUGGAGGACUGACAUUGCGGGAUCCAGCAACAGGGGCACAAUAUGUACAGAUCCAGCUUCUUCAGGAUGAACCUCCAGGAGAUGGAGACCUGCCUUUCCAGCUGAGUGCCCAGUCACCAGCUACGCACACACAGCUAACGGUUGAUUUGCCUGUGCAUAUCCUGCAGGUAUGAUGGAGCCUCAUGUGUCAACAGAAGAUGAUGCAGCGUCAGAUAAUUCCCAGUUUACAGGAAGCACAAUAAAUCUGCAGGACCUUGAAUAAGCUGGAGCUGUGCUCAAGCAGGAAAAAAGUGUUGUUUAUAUUCUGCUGGCAGUGUCUCUUCCCUUAAUGACAGUGACAUGGUAUAGAAGAGAUGAUACCCCGCACAUCCGUUUCUCUAAUUGUGAAUUAUUCUCCAAUGUGGCGCUCCAUUUUGCACUAGAUUUUUUUUUAAUGCUCAUCUUUAACUUGGCAUAUUGUCACAUCUUAACUCCUUUCUUAAAAGUGCUCAAAAGCUGCUCUUUACUUUCCCUCUAAUAUAUCUGGAUAGGAUUUGAGAAUUCCAUAUAAGGUUUUUUUUUCUGUGUAUCCACCUGGAAGGAAUUGAAGUGGCCCGAAGCUUUCUCUGGAAGAUAGUAUUCUGCAGUCUUUUGUGUCUGAUAAAAGGUGAAUGUUUCCAGGUAGCAAAUGACUGUUUUCUUUGACUAUUUUAAAGUAUUCAAAUCUUGUCUCCAGAAAAGUCAUCUCUCCAGUCAUACUGUGCACCUACCUCCGGAGCAUAAACUGGUCAGUCUGACUACUAUAGCCACGCACUAAGAAAUCGUGGACAGAACUGACUAAAAAUUGUAAAAUAUAAUAUCAGGUAUUUAUUUGUGUAUACUUCAGGAAUCUUUGUUUUUCUCUUGUACAGAGUUGUACAAAUAAUAUUUAUAUAUAUAUAUAUAUUUCCUUUAAGUCAACAAGGAUUCCCUUUUCACCCUCCUGUAAUUUUUUUUUUAAUUUUUUUUUUUAUUGGGUGCAAUUUGGUGAAUUAAGAAAGUAUUAAAAAAAAGUAUUAUAAUUCUGACUUGUUUCAUUGUUAACCA